AUGGCGGCGGCUACACUGCCGAGCGAAAUGCGUGCUCUGCUACAUAACAUCAAGGACCAGUCUCUUGUCAUCAAAUCCGUCCCUCUCCCCAUUCCAGGCCCUCAAGAGUACCUAGUGAAACCGCUUGCCGCCGCCUUUACAGUGGGCGAAUUAUUCUGGCCUCGACCCGAAGAGCUGAGCGUCUCAACUCCUGGCGUUGAAUACGUUGGGCAAAUAGUGCAGUCGCCCUCCGCCACCUCGAAAUUCCAGCGGGGUGAUCGAGUCUACGCUCGGGUUACAUACCCACGACCGGGUGCUGCACGCCAAUACACCGUGACCACGGAGGAUGAGAUCGCACGGACGCCUAGGAAUUUUACCACCGCAGAGGCUGCUUCAGUUCCCGUCAGCGCGUUGGCAGCGUGGCAAGCGCUGUUCGAAGAGUUCAAGAUCGAGGUGCCGACUAUCAACUCAACCCACUCAUCCAGCACCCGGCCCCGGCUCCUGAUAACGGCCGCAUCGGGUAGCGUAGGCAUCUACGCCGUCCAGCUCGCCAAGUUAGCCGGCCUCUACGUCGUUGCCACCGCAGGCCCGCGAAACAUUGAUCUCGUCAAGUCGCUCGGAGCCGAUGAAGUCCUCGACUACACUACGACCGACCUGCGGACCUGGGUGGCGGAAGACCCGAGCCGCCGCAAAGUCGACUUUGCCUUUGCGCUGGCGGGUGGCUCGUCGCUCGAGCAGGCGUGGCACACGGUCAAGGACAACGGCCAGCUGCUCACGAUCGUCCCGCCCCCAGACUUCAACUGGGUCUUUGAUCUCGACACGCCCGACGGUGUGAGCUCGGCCGUCACGGGACGCUUCUGGAUCAUGCAUCCUUCUGGCGCGCAGCUGGAAAAGAUCACGGAGCUCAUCGAGGCGGGGAAACUCAGGCCGCUGGUGGACAGUGUCUGGGAGUUUGAGGAUUACAAUAAGGCGAUCGAGAGGUUGAAUAGUGGUAAGACCUCCGGGAAGGUCGUGCUGAAGGUCAACGCUGAGCAAUAG